AUGCUUACACAACGAUGUUGGAGGUUUCCCCUGAAUCUACUGAUAGUGGUGUUUAUAAUCCAGCUACACAGCGUUCCUGCUCAUGCAACAGACAAGGCAAGAUCAAAAAAUCUUUCAUGUUGCGAGAAAUGCAGAUGUGUAGACUCGAAUGUCCUAUGUGAUGGUGUUAAGAAUCUAACUUCACUUCCAUUGGAUUGCCCAAUCAACACAACUCAGUUGAGUCUUGUGGGUGGCGGACUAUCUGAAUUAAACGAUGGAGUACUUGGCAAGCACUAUGAAGCCUUGGAGUGUUUGAACAUAUCUGGGAAUAGAAUCAGUGUUUUACGCAAUGCAACAUUUGCUGGCUUGAAGGAUCUGCAAGUUCUGAACAUUGGAGACAAUUUUUAUUCCGCAUCUGAAUUAGACCCUUUUGUGUUCAGUUCGUUACCUAAUAUCAAACACAUUGAGGUGACUAGCUGGGGCGAUGCAAUGGAAAAGGGAACCGAUCGUAUAGUGGCAAAGGCCUGGAUGAAUACACUACAAGGCUUAGAAAAUUCGACAAUUGAAACAAUUAUAUUCAAACACAUAUCAAAAAAUCCCGUAGCAGUUGAAAAGUCAUACUUCAAACAUUUAAAAAACUCCCCCGUAAAGAAUCUUAUUUUCAAUGACAUGGAGAUUGUUGAUAUUGAUAUUGACUGUCUGGCAUAUCUUCCCAAGCUUGAGGUCAUGGACCUUUCAACAAACACCUUAGAGAUGACUUUUAGUUACUUCAAGAUAAUGAUAUACCUUUAUAAGCUCACAAAUUUGCGAGAUGUGAUACUGAAGGAUAAUUUAAUGAGGCAUGGUUCUGUAGUUGAAGAGGUCUUUACGAAAGAGCAAGCCAUGACUUUUUAUCAGUUUCCAAAAAGUAUUCAACUGAUUGACUUCUCUGGAUCGGUCUUCGCAUUCAGCUCAUACUCGUUCUCAUACGGUUUUAGGAUUUUAAGUGAUAACCAGCUUGAAAAAGUUGAUAUGUCAGGCAUGAAACUCAUCCAUUACAUUGGUGAUGAAGUGCUUGGUUUCGUUAAAUUAAGAGAACUGCACUUUCAAAAUAACGAAUGUGAGAUCACUCCAUCAAUGCUUUCUUGUCGUCAUGGCGCAUUUGAAUCAUUACAAAUUCUGGAUAUUUCCUACAAUUAUAUCAACUGGUCUUCUGUCGAGAAUGACACUCAAAUAUUUGAAAAUUGCACAAAACUACAAUAUUUGGAUAUGUCCCAUAAUAAAAUGAACUACAUCCCCCUCACAGUUUUCAAUGACACAUAUGAAUUAAGGACCCUAAAUCUUAGUGGUAACCACCUUGACGACCUAAAUCUAGACAUCAAGAGUCUAGGUGUUUUGGGAAUGCUAAAUAUUUCUCAUAACAAGUUGCAAAUGGUUCCGACAGGCAUUCGAGAAGACCUGGAUUAUCUCAAACAACGUCAUAAUAUCAGUGUUAAACUGGACGUGACUGAUAAUCCUCUUAUAUGUAGCUGCCACUCAUAUGACUUCAUAGAAUGGAUGCAAGCACAUAGCAAAGACAUACACCAAUGGGACAAGCUACAUUGCACUUAUUUCAAUGAUUCUGUGAUCCAGAUGCGCACAAUCAAUGUUCCGACGCUACAAAUAAAAUGUGUACAGAGACUAAUACUUGCAGGUACUAUCCCGAGCGGAAUGCUGAUAAUUGUGAUCAGUAUAACAGUUGUAUGUUACAGACGAAGGUACAAAUUACAAUUCAUUUUCCUGCAGUUAAGAGCUGCAUGUAGGCAUCACGGGAAAGAAAACGCAGACUUUGAUUUUGACGCAUUUAUAAGCUAUAGUUCCUUGGAUAUUACCUGGGGUAAGAAAACACUAUAUGUCAACUUGGUGGGGACAUUUCACUACAAAAUAUGUAUUGAUGACGUAAACUUUAGACCAGGAUCAGAAAUCACAGCAGCCAUUACGCGGGCAAUAGCCAAAAGCAAUAAAGUAAUCCUGGUUAUAACUCAGAAUUUCCUACGUAGCAAAUGGUGCACAUAUGAACUAGACCUUGCGACGGGUGAGCUGGCCAGUAAGGGGCGAGAUUGUCUUGUGCUCAUAUUGAAGGAACCACUUAAUUCACUACCUGAAGAAUUAAUCACUGAUACGUUGCGUUCACUUCUAGACACUAGAAUCUAUUUGGAGUGGAGAGAAGAUGCUGAUAGAAAAGACGUGUUUUGGAGAAAGCUUCGUGAUGUACUUGGCGAACCUUCAUCUAGAGGGGACCACAAUGAACAGGAAGAAAGUCCUCUAUUCCCUCAGACUAUAGAGGAUGAAAAUUUGGCUCAGCAAAUCCUUGCACACGCUCAACAAUCGGGUAAAAAUGAGGAUGAAUCACCUUUGUUGAAAACCCAAAAGAGCUAAACUGGGAAUUUAACUGUCACUAAUAUAAGGUAUAUACGAAAAUAAUUUAACAAGUUAAAGCGUGGUUGUAACAUUACAAUAUAUAUGUAUAAGUUCUUGAUGACUCCUCUGCUUGUGAAGAAAGCCAUGAUGCAGGAUAAUGCAGAAUACAAUGAAUAAAGAGUGAACUUGAAAUAUGUGUUGCAUUUCUUUCACUCCCCC